GAGUGUGUGUGUGUGUGAGACGAGUGCCUUCUCUUUAAGAGGAGGCUUUCCCACUCGCUCUGACCACACUCUCAUCUGGGACCAGUAGUGAGACAGACGUGAUUUUUUCUCUGCUUCUGGUGAACGAGGACUCUGAGCUGCAGAUAUGGCUCGUCUGGAUCACGUCAUCACAAACAUUGUGGAUAUAUUUCAGGAGUAUGCCAAAGAUGAGGGCAAGAAGAACAAGUUAAACAAGGAGGAAUUAAAGAAAGUGUUGCAGCAAGAAAUACAAAGUCCCGAGUUGAAAGGUACAAUCAAUGCAGAUGAUAUUGAGGAAUCCAUGCAGAUGCUGGACAAAAACCAUGACGGUGAGGUCAACUUCCGGGAGUUUUGUCGGUGUGUGUCGUACCUGGCCAAGUGCCACUACAAAAAGAAGACAGGCAAGGAAGGCAAGGGAGGCAAGGGAGGCAAGAAAGGCAAGGGCAAAGAACAGGAACCUGAGCAAGAAGACUGAAGAUUCACUCCUACAAUGAUGGAAGCUCUGUAACAUAUUAGAAAUAUUCUAUAUAUAUAUUUGGCAUAUAAACAACUUAGAUGUCAUGUGUGACCCAGUCUUCCAGAUGCUAUUGCUUUCAAGCUAUUUUGCACGUUUAAUAAAACUCAAGCUUGUUUCUUAUGUCUAAAAAGUGCAUGCAACGUGUGAUGUUCACUUGUCUUACGUACAAAACGAAAAUAAACUUGAAAACUAA